AUGACACCACUCAUCAUGUCUAGCAUGUUGUUCCGAUUCGGUGUCAUUCUCACUGCGGACUCGCCGAACAUCCAGCUCUUCAUUUUGGGCUCGCGCGAUGAAAUGGGACACUGGGAUCCGAACAAAGCGGUACCAAUGAGAGCGUGUCGGACCUCGGUUUCGACCCAGGAGCCGUGUCUGUGGCUCGGCGACGUGCGGCUGCGGGAGCCCUUUAAAGACACGCUGUGGUUCAAAUUCAUCCGGAGAACGGACGGCGAUUAUAUUUGGGAAGGCAAUGGCCCUCACCAUGACAGAACAUGCUGCUAUGAUGAGCAGAACGUUGUAGACGGUGUUUACUGCCACCCUAUCUGCCAUUGGAUCGAGGAGACGGGCCACACGGAUGAGAUGAAACAUACCACCAACUUCUACUUCAGUGUGGCUGGUCAGAAUGCAAUGCACUUCUCCAGGGUGCUCCCAAGGCUUUGGCUGGGCAGCUGUCCUAGACUGCUAGAACAUGUGACUAUCAAGAUGAAGCACGACCUUGGAAUCAGUGCAGUAAUGAACUUCCAGACAGUGGGGGAUGUAAUGAACAACUCCCACGGCUGCAGGGAGAACUUUGACGAAGCGAUGACGCCAGACACCAUGAUGCAUUUGUACAACCGCUGUGGCCUCGUGUACGUUUGGAUCCCAACGCCUGACAUGAGCACUGAGGGUCGCAUUAGGAUGCUACCACAGGCUGUAUUCCUGCUUCACGGUCUCCUAGAGAAUGGUCACUCCGUGUACGUCCACUGUAACGCCGGCGUGGGCCGCUCGACGGCUGCCGUGUGCGGCCUGCUCAUGUACGUGUUGGGCUGGAGCCUCAGGAAAGUGCAGUAUGUUGUGACCGCCACUAGGCCUGCUGUUUACAUCGACGAGGAAGCUUUGGUGCGAGCUCAUGAAGACUUUAUUCUCAAGUUUGGCCGGCUGCGACCAUCCAUUUCUUACGCAGAAUCAUGA